AUUUUUGUCAGUAGGUCUUAACUUUGUGGCACUAAAACAAGAAUUUUCUUUGGGUAGAACUACAGUUAGUGAUAUUGUAAGAGAGACUUGUGACGUUAUUURGACAAUCCUUCAACCCACUGAAAUGCCAGAGCCAAAUGGAGAACAGUGGAUUAGUAUUUCUAAUAAGUUUCAUGAACGCACCCAGUUUCCAAACUGUGUAGGUGCAGUCGACGGGAAGCAUAUAAGAUGUGUAAAUCCCACAAAUUCUGGGUCAAUUUAUUAUAAUUACAAAAAAUAUUUUUCAAUUAUACUAAUGGCAGUGGUAGACUCGGAGUACUGUUUUAUUCAUAUAGAUGUUGGGGCAUACGGAAGAGAAGGGGAUUCUACUGUGUUUAAAGAAUGCCCUUUUGGCAAAAAGUUAUACUCAGACCAACUUGGCCUACCAGCUCCUAAGCCUCUGCCUAAUACACAAGACAAACCUCAGCCUUUUGUUGUUAUUGGAGAUGAAGCAUUUGGCCUCCAUAAGAAUCUUCUAAGACCUUUUCCUGGGCGUGGACUUGAUCAAAGGAAAAGAAUUUUUAACUACAGAUUGUCGAGGGCUAGAAGAUAUGUAGAAUGUGCAUUUGGCAUAUUGGGGAAUAAGUGGAGAGUUCUCCAUACACCAAUACAAGUUGGCCCAGAUUUUACUGACAAAAUUGUGAAAGCAUGUUGUGUCCUCCACAACUAUGUUAGAAGCCGAGAUGGGUUUAAUUUUGAACAUACGCUGAGCAAUACGUUGGAGGAAAUAGAGUUUAAUAGAAGGGGAACUGGUGCACGUACUCAAGGAAUUGAUGUUCGAGAUGAAUUUGCAGAUUAUUUUAUGGAA